GUGGCCGUGAAGUCAGUGAUGCCCUCCACCAGUCAGCCAACAUCAAACAUCUGGAUGAAACAGUCUGUGGUCUCGGGUUCAGUGAGCAGGAUAAGGAAGCCUGUGUGGGCACCAACAAUCAAAGCUACAUCUGUGACACAGGACACUGCUGUGGACAGUCUCAGUGCUGCAACUACUACUAUGAACUCUGGUGUAAGUCCUUGCCCAGGGGGUUCUUGGCGUCCCAGGGUCCCGGUUACUGCCUCUGCUCCUUGGGAAACCGCGGGCUGGCCAGCCUUUUCUGAUUCUCUUGGGGACAGUGUUGGGUUCUGGCUAGUGUGGACCGUCGUCAUCAUCCUGAGCUGCUGCUGCGUCUGUCACCACCGCCGAGCCAAGCACCGCCUUCAGGCCCAGCAGCGGCAACAUGAAAUCAACCUGAUCGCCUACCGGGAAGCCCACAAUUACUCAGCGCUGCCAUUUUACUUCAGGUUUUUGCCAAACUAUUUACUACCUCCUUAUGAGGAAGUGGUGAACAGACCUCCGACUCCUCCCCCACCGUACAGUGCCUUCCAGCAGCAGCUGCUGCCCCCUCAGGGUGGCCCUGUAGGCGGCAGCCCCCCAGGCGCUGACCCACCCCAGGGCUCCCAGGGGGCACAGAGCAGUCCUCUGUCUGGACCCAGCAGAAGCAGCACAAGACCCCCGAGUGUCGCUGACCCUCAGCCCUCUGAAGUGCCCGCUGACCGGGAAGCCACCAAAGACCCUGGAAUGGAGUCCAGUGGUUCAGUGGCCGGCCACGGGGAGCUGGACCCAGGGGCCUUCCUGGACAGGGAUUCAGAGUGUAAGGAGGAGCUACUGAAAGAUUCAAGUUUGGAGCAUGGUAGUGUACCCCCCGACAACAAAGACAAGACCCCUGGCCGACAUCGCCGCUUCACGGGUGACUCAGGCAUUGAGGUGUGUGUGUGCAACCAGGGCCACCAUGACGAUGGUCUCAAAGAGUUCAAUACUCUCAUCGACGAUGGCCUGGACGGGCCCCUGGACUUCUGUGACAGUUGUCACGUACGACCUCCCGUUGACGAAGAGGAAGGGCUCUGCCUGGCCUCUGAGGAGCAGGCUCGAGAGCCUGGGCACCCCCACCUGCCACGGCCGCCGGCAUGCCUACUGCUCAACACCAUCAAUGAACAGGACUCGCCAAACUCGCAGCGCGGCGGCUCUCCCAGCUAGAGCAGGCCCUGCCUGCACCGGAGAGCUUGACAGACAACCAGGGCAGGGGACACCCACAAGAGAAGCAUUAAGUGACUUUGAGAAGUGGUACGUCCACUUUGUCCUUUCAUUUUUUUCUCCCCUCCCGUCCCACUUUUCCCACAUCUCCAGGUACAAGUUUAGGGUGUGGAUGCCUCCUCUCCCCCCACAAAAGCACAGUGUUGUAGAAGACUGAGAAUCCGGUUCUGGGACUCAUUCCGCACCCGCCUUUUCAGAGCUGUAUCUCACCUGCUCGGCUGAGAAACGUCUGUCUGGAAAGCCCCCCAGGACUGCGGCUGGGCUCCAAGAUGGUUCUCGGUGACAUAGUGGUUUGGAAGAGACCUUCGCUGUGUCUCAGUCUGGGAGAGACAGUUUAUCUUGGCCCCGAGUGAAGGAAACUUGGGCCUGUGGCUGUCACCUGUGGCUGCCAGUGUCUGCAGAGCUGGCAUUGGUCUUACCCUGUGGGCGGGUUGGUGGGGGGCUUCUAUCUGGCAAGCCCCAGGUAGAGAGUGCACCCCUGCAUUGUAGAGGGGGCCCUUCCCAGCAGGCUUCGGCUGGCUUCAGCCUGGUUCAGGUAUAGACGCUUAUCCUGUGUUCUCUGUGUUUUCCUUUAAAACAAAUAACCAAGGCUAGCUGGAAACAACUGCAUGGGUGGACAGGCAAGAAUCCUCUUCUGUGCCAGGGAAUUCUGCAGCUUUCCCCAGGUUGAGUUUCCAAGAGUCUGGCUAUAAUGUUGGGCCAGCAGGAGAGAAUGCGGUAGUCCUGACCCUUUUGUGAGUGGAGAUCUAAGUCUGACGCCUGGUAGAGAUAUGGCAUUCUCCACUUCCGCCUAUUGUCCAUGCCCAAAGGUGCCCAGUGGUCCCCGUCCAUCCUUAAUGCAAUCUGCGGUCUCUCCCUGUCCUCUGUAAGCAGAUGGACUGAGGAGAUUGUGUGUCCUGGGCAAGGCAGUCUCGUAGUCUUGCCCUCACACGGUAUUUUCUCUUGGGUUAUCCGAGUCUGUUGUUGGUGUUUGUUUGUUUUAAACUGACCACUUAGAAGGAACACUGUUGUUAUCUGUGCUUCUUAUGGCUGCCCCCGCCCCGAACCUACUGGAGAGGGGUGCCUUACCUGCACAGCCUGUGUAAAGAGUCUCUCAGGCAGGGGGUGACAGUCACCUCCAGCAGGACCUCCGGGCCUGGCUGCCGUCACCUGGCUUUGGUAGGAAAAAGGAGCCUAGAAGCAGCUGAAACGAACAUUCCCCGCCCAGCCCUGUCCAUGCAAGGAGGGUGGUUCCUUCCCUGCUCUUGAACGAUGAUAUGUAGACUCCGCACCGUCCUUAGUGAUGAGAGGAGAAAGGUCCACGUGUAAACACACACACACAGGUCCGAGGCUGUGAGGUGAUGUGUGUCCGCAUUUGGAUGCCACAAACCAAAAUCCUUGUCGAACAAAAGUGAAGUCUACACAGUGAUGUUGGAUGGCGUGUGUCUGUGCGUGUGUGUGUGCAUGUGUGUGCAUGUGCGUGAGUGUGCGAGUUGUAUGUGGCCCCGAGCCCUGUGUUCCUGUGAAGAUACUUUGAAUGACCAUUCUGCUCACGUUAGCCACAUGUCUGGAGCUCAUCUGGCCCUCUCAAGGUAAUUUAUUUUACGCGUUUACUGUUUACCGAACAAACGUCUGACUGUACUCCGGUGCCGCCGGCAGCGCCUCUGAUUGCCAGCGACACUGCCCUCCAGGGCGAGGCUUCUUCCUCAGCUCACCACUGCGACUGGCACAGUGCUCCAGGGACACUCAGAGGCCGACAUUCUGUUCCCUGUGUGUGGAAAUGUAUUCUGAACGGGUCUCCCUCCCUCCGCUGCGGUCAGACAGCUUGAUUGAGUCUUGAGUGACAAGCUUGGACCGGUUGUGGCUCAGACAUCGGCCUGCCCAGGAUCACCAGGAGUCCUUGGCAGACACCUCGAUGCCACAAGCUUGCACCUCCUCUGCCGAGGUCUCGAGGGGUUGGUGUGUGGCCACAGGGCCCCGAGCUACAGCCCUCACACACCUUGUUAAAGUCCCAGACAACUCAGAACUUACUCUCCCCAAAAUGAAUCCUUCAGUUAACUAGCGAUGAGGUGGAGCCCUCUCCAGUUUCUUUUCCCUGGCAGGAUGGGGAGCUGACCCGAGUGAGGACUGGCUUCACUGUAGCGCCCACCAAGAUGGCAGCACCACAGUCUGGGCCCCUGCUGCCUUAGGCCACACUGGCGCUCAGAGCGAGCACAGGAAAUAGGAGUUAGGGGCAGGGAGAUUUGGCUGAGUUGGGUUUCCAGGUCAGUGGGAGGAGAGGGUAGGCAGAGGGCUUGGUGCUACGGUCAGCUUUGCAGCCGCUAACACAUUCCUGUGCGAGGCACAUCGGCGUCCGUCAGUUAUUGUGAAUAUGUGUAUCUUAAGCAAUAAGAGUCCGCUGCUCUUGGUCCCUGGGCAGUCUGGGUGACACAUAUCCUGUGCUGUGAUCGUUCUGAAGACAGAGUGGCUCUAACCACUGUGAGAAGCCCUAAUAAAAUUAGUCCUAAA